ACAGUCAUGUUACCGAAGAUGGACGCAAAGAUCUAGCAGAAGGAGAAGUAAACGCUUCGAAGCCAGAAGCAUCUUGUGUGAUCUGGACUAUUUGCAAAAGAGUGAAUACUAAAGAUCACUUCAUUCUAAUCUAGAGUGCAGCAUAAAGGCGCUUGGUGUAAAUUUAGUGAAAUUCUAUAGCUCGUACAGAGUCUUGUAGUAGCGCAAGUUACAAGUGUGCGUCAAUAGGAAUUAACUGCAAAGUUCCUAACUUAAGUUAGUCCGAAAAUGGCUUCCAUGACUGAAUGUGAGGAAGAGCUUGCGUGUUUGACACGAGAAACAGUGAUGGAACAGGAUCAAUUAGAAAGCACUUUAUUAUGGUUUCUAUCGCAGAACUUUCUCAAGUCCACAAUAACAAAAUUUGUUUCGGUUGGAGAUGUUGCGCUCCUGAAGACGAUGGAUUCUGAUUCGUUAGCAUCGAUGGACAAUUUACUGAUGGCAGACGCUUUGGCACCAUGGAAGGUGAGCAAUUCGGAAAAUUUGUUAAAAGUACGUAAUCAAGUUUCGACCAACGCCAUGGAACUGAAUAGAUUGUACGCUCAGAUGCGAUCUGGCCAUCUUGAUACGGAGUUGGAUAAAUGUCGCACUCAAAUUCGUGAAUUGCGUUCGAAAAAACAUUCCAUGCAAUAUGAUUUGAAUGCUAAACAACAGCGGGUGAACACAGAAGAACUAGAAAUGUCUGGCUUGGUAGACGUUUUGAAGGAGAUUUUACGAGACACUGAAACUACUAUUCAGUGUCACGAACAAGAGCUAGAAAAGGUGGAAAAUAGUUUUAAUGAUAACUAUGAUUCUCCGUUGUUUAGUCAAUUAUAAAUCGUUAACAGUUAGCUUGGCCCUUACAAUCGUUUAAGCCCAUGUUCCUCAAUCUCUAUUCAGCACACGAUAAAAGGACACUGCGCCAUUUUGAAAACAACGGGAAUUAGUGAAAUAUUUGAUUGAGUUUUAGUUAGAAUAUUAUGGUAUAUUAUCUUGCUGCUUUUGAUAUGUAUGAAAUGAAAUGAUCUGUAUGUUAUAGUAUGAAUUGAAGCAAAUGCAUUCCUAGAACAAAAAUGAAA